CCACGUGUGUGUAGGAAGAGCCGGAUUGAGAAACAUGGUGGCUCUGUGUGUCACACUCUCAGCAGCUCACUUCACUCACACGGAGGGAGAAAGUUAACGCAGUGCGACAGAGAAGAGCCCGGAGUGUGUCUUAUAAACCUCAGGUCUGAAAAAGUUGCAUGCUGUACUCUGAUCGCUUGAGUAUUUCUGUACUGCAAGUUUUGAUCCGAAGUUUCCUCCUCAUCUCUCCAGAAUGGCCAGCGGAGAUGAGGAUGACCCCAUUAUACAAGAGUUGGACGUCUACCUUGCCAAAAGUCUUUCGGACAAGCUGUAUUUGUUCCAGUACCCCGUGCGUCCUGCUAAUAUGAACUAUGAUGACAUGACACAUUUAACAGCCAAAAUUAAACCCAAGCAGCAAAAGGUUGAAGUCGAGGUUGCGAUCGACACCAUGAGUCCGAACUAUUGCCGCAGCAAAGGGGAGCAGAUCGCGCUCAACGUGGACGGCACGUCACUGGAAGACUCCAGCACUUACUCCAUUAAAAUGAUGGACAAGCAAACAUUCUCAUCGAUUCAGGCAACAACGAAUACCAGUCGCUAUGCCGCUGCAGUGUUUCGUAAAGGCGAGCUUCACCUCACACCACUGCAGGGCAUUCUGCAAAUGAGGCCGAGCUUUUCAUAUCUAGAUAAAGCUGACAGUAAACACAAGGAAAGGGAGGCAGCUAAUGAAGCUGGAGACUCUUCUCAGGACGAGGCUGAGGACGACGUCAAGCAGAUCACUGUGAGGUUUUCCAGGCCGGAGUCUGAGCAGGCUCGUCAGCGGCGCAUCCAGUCAUACGAGUUCCUGCAAAAGAAACAGGCGGAAGAACCCUGGGUUCAUUUACACUACCAUGGAAUAAAGGAUGGACGCUCGGAGCAUGAACGGCAGUAUCUCUACUGCCAGGCAAUGGACACCACAGAGAACACGGAGUUAGUGAAAACUCCAGCUGAGUAUUUAUCCAUGCUUAUGCCUCCGCUGACAGAAGAAAAAGAGGUUAAGCCAGUAGGACCUAGUAAUGUGCUUUCCAUGGCACAGCUACGUACGUUGCCGCUUGGAGAUCAGGUGAAGACCUUGAUGAAGAAUGUCAAGGUCAUGCCGUUUGCCAAUCUGAUGGGGUUACUUGCGUCAGGCACAGACUCCACUGCAGUACUGCGCUGCAUACAGCAGGUGGCGAUGCUCGUCCAGGGCAACUGGGUUGUCAAGAGUGAUGUUCUGUAUCCUAAGUCGACCUGCAGUCCUCACAGCGGCGUGCCUGCAGAGGUGCUCUGUAGGGGCCGUGACUUUGUGAUGUGGAGAUUCACCAACGAGCGCUCACUGAUGAGAAAAGAGGUUGCUGCUGUCAUUAAGCUGCCUCCUGAGGAUGUCAAGGACUUUUUGGAGCAGAUGGCUAUUCCCCGAGCAAACAGAGGCUGGGAGUUCCUGUUGCCUACAGACCAUGAUUUUGUCAAGAAGCAUCCUGAUGUGGCUCAGAGACAGCACAUGCUCUGGCUCGGCAUCCAGAACAAAUUAGAAAAAGUUUUUAACUUCGCCAAGGAGGACUUCCUGCACAAAAAGGAUGCUCAAAUGGACUCGGUUCAUGUUAGCGGUGAGCAGCGUAUCAAGGUGGCUCGGGAGAAUGCCCGGGAGCGUCAUGCCUCGCUGCAGAAAGACUUAGACGCUCGAAGACUGAAGAUAUCUUCUGGCUCCGGUGGAGCUAAUACAAUGGUGCAAAUUAAACAAGAACCCAUGAGCGACUCUGAGGAGAAUAUGGACACAUCAAGCUCAGUUCCAAACGGUUCAGUCAACGGUUAUCCCUCAUCGGACUCCCCUAACACGGAUCUCCACGGCGACUACGGGGCAGCGCAGGCCUCUACCCUGGAGCUCCAGGACUUUCUCCGUAACACUUUCCGGAAACACUUUGUGCUGUGCCUCAGCGAGGUCAAGCGCCUGUUCAACCUGCACCUGGCCAGCCUCCCUACAGGACACGGCCGUUUUGGCCAGGUCACGGACCGCAUGCUCCAGGACACCAUCCUCCACACCCAUUGCAAACAGAUCCUAGUGCCUUUUCCUCCUCAGAGCAAUGCUAGCGCAGACGAGCAGAAAGUUUUUGUCUUAUGGGAGAAUGGUGAAACGUUUGAUAAGCACCGCCAAGUUCUGUUUGAGAUCUUUAUGAAGAACUAUCGCGUAAGGAGAAACGUUAUUCAGACGCGGCUUACGCAGGAGCUUGGUGACGAUGUCACUAAAGCUGAUGUGGACCGUCUGCUCAAGGAGUGCUGCGUCAGCCUGGGUGGAAUGUGGUACCUCAAGGGCACGGUGCAGUCGUGACAGUAGGGGGAGGCACCCUAGUGGUCCUGUAAAUCUAAAUAAUUAAAAUAAAUAAAUAAAAAACAAACAAACAAACCUCUCUCAUUCAGAGUUUUACUUUGUAUGAGGAAGAUGGCGCCGACACAUAAAUUAGUCACUGCCCCCCCCUUCCCCCCUGGCUGGAAGAGGCUGGCUUUGGAGGGACGAGAAAGGUCCCCCUGCUGCUCCAGGACAUCGCUUUUGUUUACCUUCACAGACAUAUAGCUGAGCGUAGCCAAACAUCAGAGCUUGUGGAAACUCGCAGGACAUCUCACCAUGUCAUACGAAAGGGCUCGGGGCUUGAGAUUCACCAGAUCUUAUGAAGUGUUUUGUUCAAUAAAUAACGGAAAAAAUAAUGGAAGUAACGAGAUAUAUGCAAAGCUUAGUUAGAAUGUUUGUUGUUUUUAUGAUUUAUCGUUUACACCUUUCUUGUCUUUCAUUUACAAAUUACAAAUAAAGACGACUGGAUGGUAA